CUCUCUUCCCCACCUAUAUUUCUGUCUCUCUCCCCUCCUCGAUCUCUGUCACUCUGUAUCUCCCUUUGUCUGUGUCUGUGUCUGUCUCUGUCUCUGUCUCUGUCUCUCUCUCUCUCUCUCUCUCUCUCUCUCUCUCUCUCUCCCCUCACUCCUAUCUGUCUCUCCUCUCCUGUUUAUCUUUCUCUGUCCCCCUCCUGUCUCUAUCUCUCUCUCACCUUCUCUUUCACUCUCUCUCCCCCCUCUUGUCUAUCUGUCUCCCUCUGUCUUUCUCUCCCUGCUCCUGUCGAUCUGUCUCUUUCUCCCUCCUAGCUCUGUCUCUCUCUCCCCUCCUCUAUCUCUCCCUUUUUCUCUCUCCCCUCCUUUCUAUUUUUCUGAUUAUCUCUCUCCCGCCUCCUGUCUGUUGCUCUCUUGCCCUUUCUAUCACUCUCACUUGCUCUCUCCCCCUCCUGUUUCUUUCUCCCUUCCUGUCUGUUUCUCCCUGUCUCCCCUCCUGUGUCUCUCUUCCUGUCUCCCCCCACUUUCUUCCCCAUGUCUGUCGCUCUCUCUCUCUUCCCUUUCCUUUCUGUCUGUCCCUUUUCCUGUCUCUGUCUCUCUCCCUCUCUCCCCUCCUCUGUUUCUCUCCCCCUAUCUCUCUCCCUCCCCCUUCUGCCUUUCUUGCUAUCUCUCUUUCCCUCUGUCUCUCUGUCCCACUCCCCCAUCUCUUGUCUCCCCUCUCCUGUCUCUGUUUGUCUCCCUCUGUCUCUGCCCCCCUCCUGUCUCUGUCUCUCAUCCUCUUUUAUUCUCUUGCUUUCUCCCCUUCUGUCUGUCUCUCCGUUUCCCCUCCUGUGUCUGUCUCUUUCCCUCCUCUCUGUUUCUCUCCCCCCCACUUCUGCUUGUCUUUCUUCCUAUCUCUCUUUCCCUCUGUCUCUGUCUCUCUCCCACUCCCCUAUCUUUCUUGUCUCUCUCCCCCUCCUGUCCCUGUAUCCCUCUGUCUCUCACCCCUCUCCUAUCUCGUUCUCUGUCCCCCCUCUUGUCUGUCUCUCUCAUCCUCUUUUCUUCUCUUGCUCUCCCCUUUCUGUCUGUCUCUCCCUUCCUGUUUGUCUUUCUAUGUCCCUUCUCUAUCUCUGUCACUCUCUGUCUCUCUCUCUCUCCAGACUACUGUCUGUCUCUCUCCCAUCUGUCUUUCUCUUUCCCCUCCUAUCUCUGUCUCUCCCCUCCUCUAUCUCUGUAACUGUCUCUUCCUUUCUCUCUCUUCUCCUUUCUGAUUAUCUCUCUCAACCUUUAUUUCACUCUCUCUUGCUCUCUCCCUCCAUCAUGUUUGUUUCUCGCUGUCUCUCCCCUUUCUUGCCUCUUUCUUCUUUCUUGUCCGUUUUUCUCUCUCUCCCCUCCUGUGUUUUUCUUCUCUCUCCCUCUCCUGUGUCUCUUUCUUCCCUCUGUCUCUGUCUAUCUCUCUCCCCUCCUAUCUCUUCCCCCUGUCUUUCUCUCUCCCUUCCUGUCUGUUCCUCCUCCUGUCUCUCUCUCUCCCUCUCUUCCCCCUCUCUUUGUUUCUCUCCCCCAUUGUCUCUCUUUCUCCCUCCUCUUGUCUCUCCCCCUUUUGUCUCUGUCUCUCCCCUCCUCUCUGUCUCUGUCUCUUUCCCUUCCUUUCUAUCUUUCUGAUUAUCUCUCUCCCCCAUCCUGUCUCUGUCACUCUUUCCCUCUUUUACUCUCUCUCACUCUCUCCCCCUUCCUGUUUGUUUUCUCUGUCUCUCUCCUCCCUUUCUGUCUCUUUCCCUCCCUCUCUGUCUGUCUCUCUCUUUCUCCCUUCCUGUUUGUCCCUCCUCUGAUCUCUGUCUCUCUCUUCCCCCUUUUUCCCCUCCUCUCUCUGUUUCUCUCCCCCAUUGUCUCUCUCCUUGUCUGUCUCUCUCUCCCCCCUCCUAUCUCUCCCUCUUUUGUCUCUCUCUUUCCCCUCCUGUCUGUCUCUGUCCCUCUCUCUGUGUCUCUUUCUCCCCUCCUGUCUCUGUCUUGAUCUCCCCCUCCUCUGUCUCUUUCUCCUUUCCUAUCUGUCUCUCCCUCUCUCCUCCUGAGCCUCUCUGUCUGUCUCUCUUCCCCAUUUCUGUCUCUUUCUCUCUCUUCCUGUCUCUCUCUCUCUUUUCCUCCCUCCCCACCUUUUUUAUGAAAUUGUUCUAUAAUCCCUCUGCUCCUUUAUCUUAGUAGCUGCUAAAUCUUAUGGGAUCUUGACUAUGGCUGCAAAGUAUUGAAAUUUUUUUCUUUCUGGAUGCUUUAAAUAGUUUCUCCUCAAGUAAAAAGCUCUAUAAUUUGCCUCUUAUUCCUGGGAGUUUUCAUUUUGGUUUUGCUUUCAGGAUGUGACUAUAAAUUCUUUCAUUUUCUAUUUCACUUUCUGGUUCUAAAAAGCACGGGCAGUUUUCAUUUAUAAUAUAAUAUUUUGAAAUAUGAUGUCUAGGCUUUCUUAAUAUUUCUUAAUUGAUCAUUUCUUGAUCUCUUUACCAGGUAACUUGUUUUUCUGAAAAGAUAUUUCACAUUUUUUCUAUUUUUCAUUAUUUUGACAUGUUUUCUUGUUUCUUGAUCACUCAUAGUUGUCAUUAGCUUUCUACUUGACCAAUUCUAAGUUUUCAAGAAUUAUUUUCUUUAGUGAUACUCUGUACUUAUUUUUCCCCUUGGCCAAUUCUGCUUUACAUGUAGUUAUUUUUUCAGUAUUUUUGUAUCUCUUUUUCUAAGCCAUCAAUUCUCUUUGCAUAUUUUUUUUUUGCAUUGCUCUCACUUUUUCCAUGUUUCCUCUAGUGUUCUUCUUUGAGUUUAAGAAAUUCCAGGUAACUUGUUUUUCUGAAAAGAUAUUUCACAUUUUUUUUAUUUUUUCAUUAUUUUGAUAUGUUUUCUUGUUUCUUGAUCACUCAUAGUUGUCAUUAGCUUUCUAUUUGACCAAUUCUAACUUUUCAAGAAUUAUUUUCUUUAGUGAUACUCUUUACUUCUUUUCCCCCCUUGGCCAAUUCUGCUUUAUAUGUGAUUAUUUUUUCAGUAUUUUUGUAUCUCUUUUUCUAAGCCAUCAAUUCUCUUUGUAUAUUUUUUUUUGCAUUGCUCUCACUUUUUCCACAUGUUUCCUCUAGUGUUCUUCUUUGAGUUUAAGAAAUUCCAGGUAACUUGUUUUUUUCUGAAAAGAUAUUUCAUAUUUUUUCUAUUUUUUCAUUAUUUUGACAUGUUUUCUUGAUCACUCAUAGUUGUCAUUAGCUUUCUACUUGACCAAUUCCAACUAUUCAAGAAUUAUUUUCUUUAGUGAUACUUUGUACCUCUUUUUCCCCUUGGCCAAUUCUGCUUUAUAUGUAGUUAUUUUUUCAGUAUUUUUGUAUCUCUUUUUCUAAGCCAUCAAUUCUCUUUGCAUAUUUUUCUUGCAUUGCUCUCAUUUUUUCCACAUAUUUCCUCUAGUGUUCUUCUUUGAGUUUAAGAAAUUCCAGGUAACUUGUUUUUCUGAAAAGAUAUCUCACAUUUUUUCUAUUUUUUUCAUUAUUUUGAUGUUUUCUUGUUUUUUGAUCACUCAUAGUUGUCAUUAGCUUUCUACUUGACCAACUCUAACUUUUCAAGAAUUAUUUUCUUUAGUGAUAUUCUGUACCUCUUUUUUUCCCUUGGCCAAUUCUGCUUUUUAUGUUGUUAUUUUUUCAGUAUUUUUUGUAUCUCUUUUUCUAAGCCAUCAAUUCUCUUUGCAUAUUUUUUGUGCAUUGCUCUCACUUUUUCCACAUGUUUCCUCUAGUGAUCUUCUUUGAGUUUAAGAAAUUCCAGGUAACUUGUUUUUUCUGAAAAGAUAUUUCACAUUUUUUCUAUUUUUUCAUUAUUUUGACAUGUUUUCUUGAUCACUCAUAGUUGUCAUUAGCUUUCUACUUGACCAAUUCUAACUUUUCAAGAAUUAUUUUCUUUAGUGAUACUCUGUACCUCUUUUUCCCCUUGGCCAAUUCUGCUUUUUAUGUUAUUAUUUUUUCAGUAUUUUUUGUAUCUCUUUUUCUAAGCCAUCAAUUCUCUUUGCAUAUUUUUUUUUGCAUUGCUCUCACUUUUUUCCACAUAUUUCCUCUAGUGUUCUUCUUUGAAUUUAAGAAAUUCCAGGUAACUUGUUUUUUUUUUCUGAAAAGGUAUUUCACAUUUUUUUCUAUUUUUUCAUUAUUUUGAUGUUUUCUUGUUUUUUGAUCACUCAUAGUUGUCAUUAGCUUUCUACUUGACCAAUUCUAACUUUUCAAGAAUUAUUUUUUUUAGUGAUACUCUGUACCUCUUUUUCCCCUUGGCCAAUUCUGCUUUUUAUGUUGUUAUUUUUUCAGUAUUUUUUUGUAUCUCUUUUUCUAAGCCAUCAAUUCUCUUUGCAUAUUUUUUUUUUUGCAUUAUUCUCACUUUUUUCCACAUGUUUCCUCUAGUGUUCUUCUUUGAGUUUAAGAAAUUCCAGGUAACUUGUUUUUUUCUGAAAAGCUAUUUCACAUUUUUUCUAUUUUUUCAUUAUUUUGACAUGUUUUCUUGAUCACUCAUAGUUGUCAUUAGCUUUCUACUUGACCAAUUCUAACUUUUCAAGAAUUAUUUUAGUUAGUGAUACUCUGUAUCUUUUUCCCGUUGACCAAUUCUGCUUUAUAUGUAGUUAUUUUUUCAGUAUUUUUGUAUCUCUUUUUCUAAGCCAUCAAUUCUCUUUGCAUAUUUUUCUUGCAUUGCUCUCAUUUUUUCCACAUGUUUCCUCUAGUGUUCUUUGAGUUUAAGAAAUUAUUUUUGCCUCAUUUUUCAUCUUUCUCUUUUGUUCUACUUUAGCUCCACUUUGCAUUUUUCUUUUCAAAUUUUGCUUGUACAUGGUUUUCAGAUUAUUGUGGUCAUCUGAGUUUGUGUCUUGAGGUUCCUUGUCAAUAGGCACCUUUUAAUGGUUUGCCCAUUUGCCAAGUCAACAUCUUGAUUUUUUACCUUUAUGUUAGACUUGGGCUCUGCUAAGCUCUUAGAAUAAGGUGGGGGAAAUGUGUGUCAUUGUCCCAAAUUUCAGAAUUAUUCUCCCUGCUGUUUUCAUAGCUAGUUCUGGGGGGGGGUCUGUAACUUCUCAAUGUUUUAAAGGUGGUGAGAUGUGGGGAGAGAUGUGGUUACUGUUCUCUCAUUUCCCACUUUCUCUUUUCAGUCUUCUCUCACUAUCUGGGUCUCAACAUUGAUUCCUUCUUCCCUCCCUCAAGCACCCAAGCUAACUUUUCUUCAUUGCUAUGGCUCCACAUCCUUUCUUCUCUUCCUUUUAUUCAUCAUUUCAGCUGUCUCACAUCCUGACUUCAUCCUGUAAUGUCACUCAUUUCUCAGUUUGGGUCUGUCCUUUCAUUCUGUGGGUUCUACAUUGCUAUCACGCAUCUUUACUUUUUCACUCUCUCAUUUUCCCUCUCCACUCCCUAUUUCUCUUUCUCCAUUCAACUGUGACACCUCAAAAGAUCCACUCACCACUUGUUCCCUUUCAUCUGUCUGGGCCUUCUGUCUCCCUCACGGACUUUUCCUAUGGCACAGUCAAUUCUCAUACUGCUCUUGAUUCAGCUUCCUCUCCCUGAGGAUAUCCCUCACACUAUUGCCUAUUUAAACCUCGGCAUCUUGAUCUUCUUACAGCCUCAACUAUCUCUAUUUUCUCCUAUAUCCUUCCUUUACUUGUUGGGCUUCCCACCUACCCUACUGUCUCAAUGUCUACAGCCAUAAAUCGUUCACUGAGCACAGCUCCCUUUCCAUACACCUCUUCCUCUCUCUUUGCCUCUUUUUACAUCCAUUGCUAAUAUUCCUCUUUCUCCGUUCAUGCAUCUCCUUUCUGUCUUCAGUCCUUACCACUAAUUCCUACUCUUUUCAUUCCUGGAUAUCAGCAGGAUCUCCCUCCUUUAAUUGAAGUAUUCACUGGACUCUCCUACUGAAAUCACCUUUUGUACACCUUUGACUUGUGUUCAUAUUCAUUUCCCUUUCUAUUAGUGUCCUCCAAAUGCUUCUCUUUUCAGUCUCACCACUCAUUCUUCCUUUUCUUGCUCCUCCCCAAUUCAAUGUUCUUACAUUGCAUGUCUCCUACCACUCAUCCUUUUACCUCUUUGUCUCUAUACACCACACUCAUUCCGUGCAUCAGUUCUCUCAUCCUUCACUCCUUCAGGUAGAUUUUCUAAACAGCCAAUCAUUACUUUCACUCUUCUCCAUUUUCAUGCAUGUCCCACAAUGGCUCUUUAGCAGUGUAGAAUACUUGGCUCUCACCCUCUCGCUUUUCCUCCUUUCAAAGUUUUGAUUUUUUUUUCAGGAAUUCAUCCUUCAGGGCUAAGGCUUCUGCUUUUACACACAUUCUGCAAAGUACAAUAAUGUACAACCAAGCACUUCUUACUUAUGCCCAGCUCUCUUUUCUUACAUCACUCAUUCUCUUAAUCUCUAUUUCUGUUUCUCAUUUCUCACUGUCUCCAUUUGGAUCCCUCUCACAAUCUAGGUCUCUCUUCACUUUGUUCUCUCUGAGUUCUAGACAUUCAUGGUACUCAUUAUAUACAUACAUAUACAUAUACAUAUAUACUUCAUCAUCCAUGCCUCUCACAACACUCAUUCUACAUUCAUGCAUUUGCUACAGUCUAGUUCUCCACAUCAGGCACUCUGGCUAACUCUUUCUCUUUGGAUUUAGCUCCUCAGUUUUACUUCUCCCAGUGUUCCUCAAUUCAGCCAUCUCACAUCACAUACACUAUGCCAUUCAUGCAUUCCUUCUCAUCAAGAUUUCACAGUCAUUCAGAUAUCAGAGUUUGGGUCUGUCCAUCCAUUCUUUUGGUUCUGCCAUUCGAUCGAUCAUCCUCAUCCUCUUACUCUCUUAUUUACUCACUCCGUUCUCCUCUCCCUACUACUCUUCAUCCAUUCAACUUUGAAACCUUAUGAUAUCUAUUCCUCCCUUUCUUUCUCUAUGCUUACAUGUUCCACUUGUUCCCUUCCAUCACUCUGAGACUUCUUGCCCCUCAGAGACUUUUCCUAGAACACAGUUAUCUCUCAUACUUCUCUUAAUUCAGCUGAUUCUGCCUAAGUUUCUCUCCCCUAUUGCUUAUUAAAUGCUCAACAUCUUGACAUUGUUAUAGCCUUGGCUAUCUCUGUUUUCUCAACUAUCCUUCCUUUACUUGUUAGGCUUUCCAACUUACCUUACUGUGUCUCAUGAUCUCCAUUCACAAAUCGUUAACCCUGUAACCUCCAUUUCCAUAUACCUCUCACUUGCUCUCAAUCUUGUUCCCCCCAUUAUUCAUUUUUUCUCCAUUCAUCCAUCUCUUUCAAUCUCAAGAACUCUUCCACUGGAUCUUGGCCUUUGCCAAGCAGGCGUUAUAUCAAUUAUUCUUUGCAUCCAUUGGGGCUCCCCCAGUGAAAUGUAUCUUUUCGUAGACUUUUUCCUCUGUAGUCCUCAGUUGGCAUUCAUUUCUUCUUUUCUCAUCCAAAUGUUUCUCUUUCAUUCAUUCUCACUUCCUUUCUCUCAUGCAACCCAAUUCAGUCAUCUCACAAUGCAUUCCUCACUCCAUUCAUACUUAUUUAUUAUUGGAAUUUGACUGUUCCCUUAGAUAUCAGAGGUUGGGUCUCUCCUUUCACUCCUCUCUUUGCGGUCUCUAUGUCUCACAUUCUUAGCUUCGCCCUCUCAGCAUUUCUCACUCCACUCUCCUCUCUCUUUCUCUUCAGCCACUCAUCUCUCAUAUUCUGCAUAUGUCCCAUUAUCCAUCACUCAAAAUUGUCCUUGCUCCACACAUCCAAGUCCCAUUCAACAUCUUA